AUGUCCCUGAACCCACAUCUUCUCAGCCUUCUCCUCAUAUCCCUGAACCCCCAUCUACUCAGCCUUCUCCUCAUCUACCUAAACCCCCAUCUACUCAGCCUUCUCCUUAUCUCCCUGAACCCCCAUCUACUCAGCCUGCUCCUCACCUUCCUGAAACAUCAUCUACUCAGCCUUCUUCUCAUCUCCCUGAACCCCCAUCUACUCAGCCUGCUCCUCACCUUCCUGAAACAUCAUCUACUCAGCCUUCUCCUCAUCUCCCUGAACCCCCAUCUACUCAGCCUUCUCCUCAUCUCCCUGAACCCCCAUCUACUCAGCUUUCUCCUCAUCUCCCUGAACCCACAUCUACUCAGCCUUCUCCUCAUCUCCCUGAACCCCCAUCUACUCAGCCUUCUCCUCUUCUCCCUGAACCCCAAUCUACUCAGCUUUCUCCUCAUCUCCCUGAACCCCCAUCUACUCAGCUUUCUCCUCAUCUCCCUGAACCCCCAUCUACUCAGCUUUCUCCUCAUCUCCCUGACCCCCCAUCUACUCAGCUUGCUCCUCACCUUCCUGAGACAUCAUCUACUCAGCCUUCUCCUCAUCUCCCUGAACCCCCAUCUACUCAGCUUUCUCCUCAUCUCCCUUAACCCCCAUCUACUCAGCCUUCUCCUCAUCUCCCUGAACCCAUAUCUACUCAGCCUUCUCCUCAUCUCCCUGAACCCCCUUCUACUCAGCCUUCUCCUCAUCUGCCUGAACCCCCAUCUACUCAGCUUUCUCCUAUUCUCCCUGAACCCACAUCUACUCAGCCUUCUACUCAUCUCCCUGAACCCCCAUCUACUCAGCCUUCUCCUCAUCUCCCUGAACCCCCAUCUACUCAGCCUUCUCCUCAUCUCCCUGAACCCCCAUCUACUCAGCCUUGUCCUCAUCUCUCUGAACCCACAUCUACUCAGCCUUCUCCUCAUCUCCCGGAAGCCCCAUCUACUCAGCCUUCUCCUCAUCUCCCUUAACCCCCAUCUACUCAGCCUUCUCCUCAGGUCCCUGAACCCCCAUCUACUCAGCCUUCUCCUCAUCUCCCCGAAGCCCCAUCUACUCAGCCUUCUCCUCAUCUCCCUGAAGCCCCAUCUACUCAGCCUUCACCUCAUCUCCCUGAACCCCCAUCUACUCAGCCUUCUCCUCACCCCCCUGAACCCCCUUCUACUCAGCCUUCUCCUCAUCUCCCUGAACCCCCAUCUACUCAGCCUUCUCCUCAUCUCUCUGAACCCCCAUCUACUCAGCCUUCUCCUCAUCUCCCUGAACCCCCAUCUACUCAGCCUUCUCCUCAUCUCCCUGAACCCCCAUCUACUCAGCUUUCUCCUCAUCUCCCUGAACCCCCAUCUACUCAGCCUUCUCCUCAUCUCCCUGACCCCCCAUCUACUCAGCUUGCUCCUCACCUUCCUGAGACAUCAUCUACUCAGCCUUCUCCUCAUCUCCCUGAACCCAUAUCUACUCAGCCUUCUCCUCCUCUCCCUGAACCUACAUCUACUCAGCCUUCUACUCAUCUCCCUGAACCCCCAUCUACUCAGCCUUCUCCUCACCUCCCUGAAUCCCCAUCUACUCAGCCUUCUCCGAUCUCCCUGA